AUGGCGCCAGCUCCGCCACCAGACGAGGGAAAGCUCCUGGCGGAUUCCCUUAACACCGUCAAGAUACAAGUUGCCCAGAUGAAACGUCACUUGGACUCUGAACAGCUUAUGGAUGCCCUCAAGA